ACGUGGGUUCAACAGCUACUUGGACCUAAAUACAAGAGAAGUUCGAAGUUUGAAGCCAAGUUGUUCGAAUUCAGUUUGGGCCGCUAUCAUCAUGGAAAAGAGUGCCUUGGAGGAAAUGAUUCAAUUUCUGGAGCCUUCGGCCCGUUUGGACGUGAAAUCCAUGGCCUUACAACAUAUCGUGAGUUUAACAGCCACAUCGGAAGGUGUGGCCUUGGUUGAUCAGGUUCCACCACUUUACAAGCAAUUGCUAGCCCUGCUCACCGAUCCCAAAGGCCAAGCUUCGGUGUGCAAAGAUGCUGCUCUGGCCUUUAUCAACCUCACCGGUAGCCAAUCAGUCUGUCACCGAUUAUUGGAUGACCCUCAUUUGGACUUGAUUGCCGCCUUGUGGCAGUGCGUGUCCAAUCCGGAAUCCACGGUGGCCGAUCCCGCUUGCAUGAUUCUGUCCAACUUGACCAUUGACAAAGUGUGUUGUGAUUUGCUCGCCGAAACGCUCAAGGCCAAGGAUAUCACGCUCGAUAAAGUCAUUUACGUGUUCUGUCAAGAAGGCUACAAUCAAGCUUCGGCUAAACUUCAUUACCUGGGUCCCUUUCUGUCCAAUUUGAGUCAAUUGGAAUCGAUUCGAGCGUCAAUUUUAGACCGAACGGGUUGCGUGAUCCAAAGGCUACUGCCUUUCACCGAGUACAAGGCUUCACGGGUCAGACGAGGUGGGAUUGUGGGCACCUUGCGCAAUUGCUGCUUUGAACCGAAGUAUCACGAAUGGCUUUUGUCCGAAGAGGUGGACAUUCUACCCCGAUUAUUGCUACCUUUAGCUGGACCCACCCCUGAGACUUUGGAACCCGAGGACAUUGAGAAACUGCCUAUGGACCUUCAAUACCUGGAUGAGGAUAAGACGUUGGAAGAGGAUCCAGAUAUCCGGAAGAUGCUCUUGGAGGCACUGACCCAAUUGUGUGCCACUCGUAAAUGUCGCGAAAUAAUCCGGGGUCAAAGUGCAUAUUUCAUUUUGAGAGAGUUGCACAAAGUCGAAAAGGACAAAACGGUCCGAUUAGCGUGUGAGAAUCUGGUGGACAUUCUGAUCAAAAAAGAGGAAGAGAUCAAUUUGGACAGUUAUCAUGACGUGGAGGUGCCCAAUGAAAUGGUACCAGAAUUUGAACAAAUGGAUAAGGAAUACUUGAAGGAGUGAUCAAAUGAACUUAGAUUUAUAUAAAUUUAUGCAUAAAAAUAUGCUGCUUUAUUUCAGUUCUUUCACUUGAAGAAUCUGUACACCUCAUCAA